ACACACACACACAAACUUCUCCACAGUUUAUAUUCACUGGCUGGUGAGAAAGAAUAAAUUAUUCGACAUGUCUAUUUUAGAAAACUUGAAGUCCGCUUCUACAGUCUGUAAACUUCAUCUUUUUCUUCUUCCAAUCGUGCUAUUACUACACAUCGUUGGAAUAGCUAUUCCGGAGUGGAUAAAAUUUGGUGAUACUAAAAUAGGAUUAUGGAAGCUCUGCAACUAUGGAAAUUGUGGUGAAUACGGUUCAAAUGCAUCCGACUAUAUUAAAGCUUGUCAAGCUUUUGCAAUAAUUGCAACGCUGAGUCUGAUUGGAUGUUUAGUGGCCUUAUGCCUUAGAACAUUCACCGAUUUAAUAAGAAAGAAACUUCUUACGCAAAUCAUAAUAGCCACAUCCAUUUGCUCUGCUUUCAGCUGUCUAAUAACGGUAGCUGUAUUUGCUGGAAAAUCGAACGACACUGGCAGGAAGAAUUUACACGCUGGCUUCGCCUUGGUUUGUAUAUCACUAAUAGGCUCUAUUGUGAGCGCCAUUCUCGGCUACAUUGAAGGAAAAAAAGAUUAAUUCUUCAAGAUUUUUCUAAUAAUUUUUGAUAAAUUAAAUAAUUUUUGCUACAUCUAUUAUGUUUCACUUACCAUGAGCACAAAUAUAUAUUUAUAGUAAUAGCUGUUUUUCUUUCUAUAUGAUUUGUACUUUAUGUAACAUUUUAUACGAAAUGUCCUUAAAUAAUAAUUAUUCCUCUAAAAUUCAAUAUUUAUCAAUUUUGUCUCCACAAUAACAUUUAAAGAAAAUGUUAUCAUUUUUUCACUAUUUUUUUAUGUUUAUUAAGAGAUUUUUUAUUCAAAAUUAUAUUAGGAGUUUGUCUUUUGAAUAUAGUAUAAAGGUACAAGUACAAAUUGGCAUAUAAUACAUUGACUUGGGUGUCUUAGUUAGUUUAGCCUUGCGUGAAAGUUGAUUUUCAAAAAUUUUACGAAUAAAGAUAUUAAAUAAUCCAAUGAAAGAAUUGCGUAUUUCAUAUAUGUUUGCCCUAUACACACACGUUUCUCUUUCAUAUAUCUA